AUGGUGAAGUUGCUGCCUGCCCAGGAGGCAGCCAAGAUCUACCACACCAACUAUGUGCGCAACUCGAGGGCUGUGGGUGUGAUGUGGGGCACACUCACCAUCUGUUUUUCGGUGCUUGUUAUGGCCCUCUUUAUCCAGCCCUACUGGAUUGGUGACAGCGUUAACACACCCCAGGCAGGCUACUUUGGCCUUUUCUCCUACUGUGUGGGCAACGUGCUGUCCUCUGAGCUCAUCUGCAAGGGUGGCCCGCUGGACUUCUCCUCCAUUCCCUCCAGAGCUUUCAAGACUGCCAUGUUUUUUGUGGCCUUGGCCAUGUUCCUCAUCAUUGGCUCCAUCAUCUGCUUUAGCCUCUUCUUCGUCUGCAACACGGCCACUGUCUACAAGAUCUGUGCAUGGAUGCAGCUGGCUGCAGCCACAGGCCUCAUGAUCGGCUGCCUGGUCUACCCGGAUGGCUGGGACUCAAGUGAGGUGCGACGCAUGUGUGGGGAGCAGACGGGCAAGUACACGCUGGGUCAGUGCACCAUCCGCUGGGCCUUCAUGCUGGCCAUCCUCAGCAUCGGAGACGCCCUCAUCCUCUCCUUCCUGGCCUUCGUGCUGGGCUACCGGCAGGACAAGCUCCUCCCCGAUGACUACAAGGCCGAUGGAAAAGGUCAUCUAUUUCCCUGACAAUGGAAAAUUAAGGAAUCGAAUUCUUCAGCGAUAGAAACUUGUUCCGUCCACGCUUCCCUGUUCCUGGCCACUAUAGGUCUGAUACCCUGAAGCCUUUCACUAUAGGAUUCGAACCUGACACUCUCCUGAGACAAGACCUCCUACCGUAUGCAGAACACUUUCAGGAGGAGCAGAACUACAGUGACCCACAUUAAAGAUAUUCAGAGAGACAUGGGCGGUACUCUCCUGACGGGGCCCCAGUUCUCAUCGUAUCCCCUUCAUACCGGC